AUGGGAUUUGGGAGUUUGUUAGGGAUGAAGAUGAUUGACGUACCGUUGAAGAUUGUUUAUUAUGUUCUUGAUCAUUUUAAUUUUGAAUCUUUGAAGGUGGAGUUUGAUAAUUGUGAAGUUAGUGUUGAUAGUAAGUCUGUUCAAGAGAUGUUAGGAUUACCAUCUGGUGGCUCAUUACUUUCAAACAUGGAUUACAUUUCGGAGAAUAAUGAAGAGAGCUGUAUGUUUGAGUGGAAGAAACAAUACGAAAAUAUUGAUAAAUUGAGAUUGAAACAGCUAAAGAAUGAACUUGUUCAAACUAGUGCUGCGGAUGACAACUUCAGAAUCAAUUUUUUGGUUGUUUUUAUUAAUACUUUCUGUGAGUCUACAAGCAUGAGUAAAUGUAAUCUGAAUCCAUUGUAUUUAAUCAGAAGAGAUACUGAUUUAAGUAGCAUUGACUGGUGCGAUUACAUUGUGGAUUGUUUGGUAAGGACGAAGAAGGUUUACAAUCCAGAGAAAGAAUCUUCUUUAUUUUAUGGACCAGCAGCAUACCUUAUGUUGUUGUAUGUGGAUACUUUCAAGUUUUAUCAUUUGCAAGUCACACGUAAACGUCCAACUAUUUUUUAUUGGACGUCAGAGAAGAUAAGGUUUCUUGAGGAUAUUUUACAAGAGAGUGGAGGAUUUGGAUGUGGACAUGUUAAUGAAGGAUAUGUUGAAGAAAAAUUUCAAGAAUCUGAGUAUAAUGAGGAGGAAUCUGGUGGUGAUGAGGUUGAAUUUGAUGGUGAAGAGGAUUUAUGUGACGAGGAUGAAGAAGAUUUUGAUGUUAAUAAAGUUAGUGAUGUGGAGGUGUAUGAAAGUAAAAUUUCAUCACAGAUAUUAACACCUGGUUUUGUUCAAGUUAAUGAUGAAGAUUAUGGGAAUGAUUUUCUUAAUGAUGAUGAAAAUGUUGAAGAUUAUGAUCAAGGGAAAUGUUCUGGUGGUCAGGGGGAUGGAAGUGGUCCACAUGAGGGCAAUAUUGGUAAAAAUCAUGUUGAAGGUAAAGGUGAUGAUGAUGAAGAUGAUGAACAAGGAAAUGGAAGUGGAUGUAAUAAAGAAGAGGCCAUGAAUUUAAAUUAUGUUGUUGAAAAUGUUACUAAGAGUGUGGGUCUAAUUGAUAGCCAGGAAGGUACUGAUGGUUGUUUAAAUCAGAAACUAGUUGAAGAUGAUGUGAAUUUGAAUUUGACUGGUAUUGAUGAUGAAAAUGUUGAAGAUUGUUCAAAUAAAAACAAGGAUUCAAAUGAGACUCGAUUAUUGAAAAAUGAUAUUGUUCCAAGUUUUAGUCUUGGAUUUAGUCAAGAUUCUGAAGGAAAUCCAGGGGAUAUUGUAUUGCUUAUGGAAACAGAUGUUAUUGGUUUUAGAGCUAAUUAUGAAAAUCUUUUUAAAAAAACCCAUUUGCAUGUUAGUGUUCUUGAUUCCUGGUCUCGUAUACUAAAUCAUCAAGAGAAAUUCAGAGAUGUUGUUAAUUCUCCACUCAGAUUGUUCAUGAAUUCUGACACUACUUUGUCAUUUGAAUAUACUCAUUUGAAUGAAACUGCAAAAUAUAAAUUUUUCAAGGACAACUUCUCUCGCAGUGUUUCUGGUGAUAGAGACUUGAAGGUUUUGAAGGAUGUUGAUAUGGUAUUUUUCCCGGUAUUGAAGCAUAAGCACAUAUAUCUUAUUGUUAUGAAUCUGAAGAAACGUGCUUUUGAGGUUAUCGAUAAUGGUGCAGAUGAUGUUGAUUUCGAUGAUAAGUAUGGUGCAGUUUUUAAACCUCUUAUUGUCAUAGAUAUUGUAGCUGACUCCGAGAACGCCACUUCCGCCAUUACUUAA